UCCCUUUCAGCUCAACCUGUGGCUAUGGCUAUGGCUGUGGCUCUAUUAGUAAUUCUCCCAUUAUUGUUUCUAUAUAACACCAGAAAGCGACUGGGCUGCAUACUUUCCGAUUUUCCGGUUGCCAGGAUGCUGCCGGGGCUACUGUGGAAUGGUGCUGUAAUCCACGACUUCUUGACGGAGAUCAUAAAGAAGCACGGCGGCACAUUUUAUUUUAAAGGGCCUGUCUACGGCAACAUGGACAUGAUGCUCACCUCUGAUCCUGCUAAUGUCAACUAUAUAUUGUGCAAGAACUUCCCAAACUUUGGCAAAGGUUCCGAGUUCAACCAGAUAUUCGAGCCCCUCGGAGAUGGGAUAUUCGCUGCGGAUUCAGAGUUAUGGGAAGUUCAGAAGAAAAUUGCUAAGGCUCUGAUGAACCACGCCGGGUACCAACCGUUUGUCGCUGCAACUAUUUGGAGGAAGCUAGAGACAGGGCUAAUGCCGAUUCUGGAGAAGGUUUCGGAAAAUGGAAUUGAGGUCGAUCUACAAGAGCUGUUCCAGCGCUUCACGUUCGAUUGUUCUUGCACUACAGUUAUAGGCCACGAUCCAGUCUCAUUGUGCGAUGAGAUGCCUCAUUUGCCUUACGAAAAAGCCUUUGAAAUUGUCGAGGAAACUGUCUUGUACAGACAUCUGCUCCCAGCAGCUGUGUGGAAGAUGCAAAAGUGGCUGCAAUUUGGGAGAGAGAAGAAGCUUACACAAGCCAUGGAUGCUCUUCACCAAUUUUUAUCGUAUUGGAUAUCAGAUAGACGACGACAAAUUAAGGCACACAACACAUCUAUGGACGUGCUCACACGCUGCAUCAAAGUGCUGGAGAACGACAAGGCUGUUGUCGAUCCAGAGAAUAUCAUUUCCGAAAAAGUUUUGAAGGAUUUGAUGCUGAAUUUGAUCUUCGCAGGAAAGGACACAAUCAGCGUCACGCUCACUUGGCUCUUCUGGCUACUCGCGACCAAUCCUGCCGUCGAAGACAAGAUCCGAAACGAAAUCGCAGCAAAUUCAGGGGAGCCUGGAAAUUGGACAUUCGCCGGAGCUGAUGCAAUGAACAAAUUGAUUUACCUGCACGGCGCAGUGUGCGAAACAUUGCGCCUAUUCCCACCGGUACCAAUUCAGCACAAAGUUCCAUUAAAGGACGAUGUUCUUCCGAGCGGGCAUCCGAUCAAGGCGAGCACUAGGACACUGAUGUUCUUCUACUCGAUGGGGAGAAUGGAAUCGAUUUGGGGAGAAGAUUGCCUCGAGUUCAAGCCGGAGCGAUGGAUUUCUGAGGACGGGCGAAUCAAAAUUGAACCUUCUUACAAGUUCACGGCGUUUAAUGCCGGGCCACGGACCUGUCUGGGGAAGGACGUCAGUUUCUUACAAGUGAAAAUCGCGGCGGCGGCGGCGAUCAGCCGGUUCAAGUUUGAGGUAGCGGAAGGUCAUCCGAUACAGGCGAGUGAGUCUGUCAUACUCCACAUGAAACAUGGACUCAAGGUUAAGGUUUUGAAGUACGUGUAAUUGAUCUUAUACAACUAACUUUGGCGCCAAUAUUUUUAAUUUGUAGUUGCAAGGAAUAAGCUGAGCUAUCUAUUGAUGUCUUUUUCGUAUGAACAUAUUGCAGAAUUAGAAAACAAAGAAAUUAUGUUGUUCAGCAAGGGAUGAUUCGGUGGUAUGGGAUCAACUUGUAAUAGUAAGGUUAUGAUUAAAUAAAUAAG